AUGCAGGGCCUGAUGCAGGAGAUCCCGCUGAUGAUCUCGUCGCUGAUCCGCUACGCGGCGGAGUAUCACGGCGACCGCCAGGUGGUCUCGCGCACCGUCGAGGGGCCGAUCCACCGCUAUGGCUACGCCGAAUGCGAGCGCCGGGCGCGGCGCGUCGCCAACGUCAUGGCACGGCUCGGUAUCGGGCACGGCGACCGGGUCGGCACGCUCGCCUGGAACGGCUACCGGCACCUGGAGCUCUUCUACGGCGUCUCGGGCAUGGGCGCCGUGCUGCACACGGUGAACCCGAGGCUCUUCACGGAGCAGAUCGUCUACAUCAUCAACCACGCCGAGGACCGCGUCCUGUUCGUGGACCUCACCUUCGUCGAGCUGGUGGAGCGGAUCGCAGACCAGCUGACCACGGUCGAGCAUGUGGUCGUGAUGACCGACGAAGAGCACAUGCCGGCGACCGCGCGGCCCAACGUCCUCUGCUACGAGACCCUGCUGGCGGGCGAGAGCGAGGACUAUGCGUGGCCUCUCUUCGACGAGCGCGCCGCGUCCUCGCUCUGCUACACCUCGGGCACGACGGGCAAUCCCAAGGGCGUGCUCUACAGCCACCGCUCGACCCUGCUGCACGCCAUGGCCGCCUGCCAGAACAGCGCCAUGGGCAUCUCGGCGCACGACGUGAUCAUGCCGAUCGCGCCGAUGUAUCACGGCAACGCCUGGUCGCUGCCCUAUCUCGGCUGCCUCACCGGCUCAGGCAUGGUGCUCCCCGGCACGAAGCUGGACGGGCAGAGCCUGCAGGAGCUGAUCGAAGGCGAGGGAGUCACCUUCGCGCUCGGCGUGCCCACCGUGUUCACCAUGCUGAUCGACCAUCUCGAUGAGACCGGCAAGAAGGUGGACAGCCUGGAGCGGGUCGCCAUCGGCGGCUCGGCGGUGCCGCGCUCGAUGAUCGAGCGGCUGGCCGAUCCCUACGGGGUGACGGUGCACCAGCUCUGGGGCAUGACCGAGACCUCGCCGCUCGGCACCUUGGCGACGGCGACACCCGCCAUCGACGCGCUCUCCGCCGAAGAGCGUCAGGCGGUGCUCAGCCAGCAGGGGCGCGUGCAGUUCGGCCUCGAGCUCAAGAUCACAGGCGAGGACGGCGGGAGUGUCCCGCGCGACGGCAAGACUUUUGGCGACAUGUGGGUGCGCGGCAACUGGGCGGCCAGCGGCUACUUCAAGGGCGAGGGCGGCGACCGGCUCGACGAGGACGGCUGGUUCCCCACCGGCGACGUCGCCACCCUCGACGAGCACGGCUUCAUGCGCAUCACCGACCGCAACAAGGACGUGAUCAAGUCGGGCGGCGAGUGGAUCAGCUCGAUCGAUCUAGAGAACGCGGCGAUGGGGCACCCGGACGUGAAGCAGGCCGCGGUCAUCGGCGUCUUCCAUCCCAAGUGGGAGGAGCGGCCGCUCAUGGUCGUCGUGCCGCGCGACGGCCGCAGCCCGGAUCGGGACACCAUCAACGCCUACCUCGCCGGCAAGGUCGCGAAGUGGUGGCUGCCCGACGACGUGGUGCUGGUGGACGAGCUGCCGCUGACCGCCACCGGCAAGGUGCAGAAAUCGCGCCUGCGCGAGAUGUUUCGGGAUCACGAACUUCCGACGCCGUGA